UGAAAGUGAAAAGGUAAAGAACACUUCCCUAGAAUGGCGAAGAUUCUUAUAUUUUCUAUUAUUGCUGUGUCGAUAUGUGAUGCUGGAUUUAUACCCGAUCAUUAUUAUUCUCAUUUUCCUAACUUAAACACUGUUUAUCAUGGGCAUGGUGCUACGAGUUAUCAGAAUGUUCAAAUACAAAAUCAUCUUUCUGUACCAAUUCCCAAAGAUCUCCAAGUAGAUGAUGGCUAUUCUCAUGAUGUCAUGCAGCAUCAUAAUGAAGAUCCAGAACUACUAUUAGAUCAUUUACCGGAUUCACAUAUUGCUUUGGAACAUUCUUUUGUCUCUAAUGAUGUUCCCUACGAGGAUACUGAUGAUAUUUUACAUUAUGAUUCGGAGCAUUAUGACCAUGAUUGAUGAAUAUGAAUUAACCAGUAAAAUAAUUAUUCUAUCAACUAUUAAUCAAUCAACAAGUAUCGUAUCGACCUUAUUGUUAAAAUAAAGUAGCCAAUACAAUUUAUUUUAAUCUACUACUAAAAAAAAUUUUCAUUUCUCAACAAAAUGGAAAAUUCAAUAAAUGCAAUGAACAAUGAAAUUACUAAUCACUGAGGAAUGUGAUAUUUCAACUAAAAAAACACAAAAAUUUAUCUAUUAGAGAAACCUACUCUCUUUGUUUUUAUUAUUUUCUUUUCUGAUUUUUAAUAUCAUAUACAGAUUAAAAUUAUUCAUAAAUUAUGUAAAUAACAUUGUGAUAGCGAAAAACAACAAUGUAGAAUCAUAAAUUUCUAAACUUUUGCAUUUUUAUGUACAAUGUUUUUUUUUUUACUAAAUUUACAUCGUACAAUAAAGACAUACUCUUUUAUAAUUAAAAUUAAUUUUUAAUAGAAUUCGUUUUUUUUUUGCUAUAACAUUAUUCGUACCUACAAAUUCAAGUGACGGUGAAACACGAGGCGACCGUCUACGUGUUCCCUUGUUUGAAUUAUUACUCUAAAGAUUUUUGACUAGAUCACCUUAAUUAUUGACUGCUCGAUCUACUUCUUGUUCGCGCAACAACGUGGAAUAAUAAUACUCUUAUAAAAAAAUAUUCAGAAAAGAUAAGCUAAAUAUAAGUAUUACUUACAACUAUUCAUUUAUAGUAAUAUUUAUAGUUUAUCUAAAAAGAGCAUCCGAUAUUAUUAAUAAUAUCGUCAUGAACAAAAAAAUACAAUUACAAAUUAUUAAA